AAAAUUAAAGGACAUCUCUCUCGUAUUACGCUCGUAUGUGUGCAGCUCAUUAAACAGGGACUUGUAUAUUUGUUUAGAAUUGAUUUUGAAUUACACACUAUUGUCAACGAUGGUGCCAUCUACGUUACUCCGGCAAGACUAAACACCUUGAAAAUCAUGCAUAAACAAACUGAUAUGACUGAAAAGUGAACCAGAGUGAAUAAAAAGUAAUGUGCCUCACAAAACGUCGCGUGAAUUCUCUUUGAACUUUGUUAUCAUUGCUUUUUUCUAUUCACGCUUCAUGUUUUAAAACACAUAAAUGGCAUAUUACUGCGCAAUAAUUAAAUUGACGUAAAUAUCAGCGGUCUCGCGUUGUAUCCUACGUCGUUGUCUCUGUACGCUCAUCAUCGUAAAUCUCGUCCAUUUAACCAAAUCAUCAUGACAGAUGUGAAGAGCCUUGAACACCCUACGCUAAAGGUACCAUAUGAACUUUUAAACAAAAAAUUUCGCUCCACACAAAAAACCUUGGACCGAGAAGUUUCUUAUGUUCAAGCAGUAUCUAAUGAACUUGAAAAAAGUCUGAAAACUGACGAGUCUUAUGUAGAAACUGGAGAAAUAAGCAAACUGCUUGGUGGUGUGGUCGCCAGGCUUCAAGUUUUAAAACGUAAAGCUCAGGAAUCCAUUGCGGAAGAGUUACAAGCCGGGAUGGUGUGCAAAAGAAGAUUGGAUCAUUUAAAGGAACACGCAAACUCUUCUCCAAGUGCUGUUAAUCAGUGGAGAAGACAGAGAUUAGAUAGAAUGCUAGUAGACUAUUUCCUACGCAAAGGAUAUUAUAAAACAGCGACCAAGUUAGCAGAUAGCAGUGAACUCAGAGAUUUAACAAAUAUCGAUGUUUUUAUGGUAUCAAGAGAGGUAGAGAAAUCUUUGGCUAAUCAUGAAACUUCAAGAUGUAUUGGUUGGUGCCACGACAAUCGCUCUAAGUUGAGAAAACUCGGUAGCACAAUGGAAUUUAAUUUACGUGUACAGGAAUUUAUUGAACUAGUGCGAUCCGACAGACGGCUCGAUGCUGUGAAACAUGCUCGAAAAUAUUUUUCCAACUACGAUGACUAUCAAUUGCAGGAGAUUCAGUGUUGCAUGGGCCAGUUAGCCUUUCCAGCACACGCGUAUUUAAGUCCUUAUAAAGAUCUCCUGGAUGAAAAUAGGUGGGACAAGCUGAUUGAAACGUUUCGCCAUGAAAAUUACAGAUUAUUUCAAUUGGCUAGCCAGAGCGUAUUUACGGUGACUUUACAAGCUGGAUUAUCGGCUCUCAAGACUCCUCGAUGUUAUAGCGCAAGUAUUGAGGGUCGAAAUCCUAAUUGUCCAGUUUGUAAUGAAGCAUUGAACAAACUAGCCGCACCGCUGCCGUUUGCUCAUUGUUCGCAGUCACGGCUCUUUUGUAGCAUAAGCGGAAAACCACUAAAUGAACAUAAUCAGCCGAUGAUGAUGCCUAACGGAUAUGUAUAUGGCGAGGAAGCGUUAGACAAAAUGGCUCAAGAAAACAACGGCACAGUGAUCUGCCCAAAGACCAAAGAAGUAUUUCCGUAUAAAAAAAUUGAGAAGGUUUACGUUAUGUAAACUUUUAUACUGACGUAAUAUAUAUAAAGACGUUGUGCAUCAUUUUUCAUAAAAUCGGUUCCGCGAGAGGGUGAAAUCUCGGAAAAAAGAGAUUUUACCUCUUGCGAAACCGAACUCAUGAAGAUUGGUGUACUAUAUGUGCUAAAUAUGCUCACGAUCUUCUCUCUAUCUAUUCUAAAUCUCUCUGUUACUUAAUAAUACUUGUAUAAUCUACUCGUAUUAAGGGAACGAAAUAACAUCUAUUUUAAAAGAUCAUCCCAAUUACAACUUAUUUAUAUAUAUAACCUCAAUAUAUCUAAUUGUAAAUUUUAGAAAAUCAAGUUUUUUUCAAGUUACUUAAGUUAUAGUAGACCAUUUUAAAUGAAAGGGUAAAUGUAUGUAACCAGAAUAAAACUUUUUCAAUAAGAAUUGUGUGUAAAUAUACAUAUAUAUAUAUAAUUUUUUAAUUUUUUUUUUAAUACUUUGUACGUAAGUAUUAAAAAUUAAAACUGUGUAACAAAAUAUGGGAGCUCUUUAAAUGUAAGCUUGAAGUAUAUAUGUAAAUUCUAUAAAUGGGUUAAAUUUAUAAUUAUUUUAUUUAACAACUUUUCUACAAUAAGCAUAUUAUUGUGUGAACGAUUUGAAAACAGUGUCUCUCUCUAAAUCUACUUAUUUAUAAAGCUAGCAACAGACUCUGUGCGCGAUUCGCGAACAUUAUUCGUGAUUUCUUUGUUCGUAUAAAAUUUGUGAAUAGUAUGGAGGGAAAAUUCGUCGAUUUGCAUAUGUCAAAUUGACGAAUUGAUGUUAAAUACAAAUAUGAAAGUAUGCACUUAUAAAUAUAAGACUGCAGAAGUGACAGAAAUUGCAGCUAGAUAGACUUUUAACGAACGAGAGAAGUAUUAAACAAGUUUUGCUAUAACUUUUUUUUUUAUUUCGAAAAUAUUAAUAU